AUGGAGGACGACCCCAAAGUCCCCCAAUACUCCACCAGCGAUCCUACCUCAUUCGCCGCAACUUCCGCAAGCGAGAGGUGGCCAGUCAUCCUGACUGGUGCCAUUGACGAUCUGCAUAAAGCGGUCAUCAAAGAAAGCGAUCCUGCCAAAGUCGAAGAGGGCAAGACAAUCACUUCCGGCAUCGCGGCGCUCAAGUAUGAGCUUCAGCACAACCGCCAAUUGACACCACUUGAAGACGAUGGAGAGCCGGAUAUAGCACGUUACAACCACGAACUUCAGCAGCGCGGCAAUCCGAAAUGGCAUGAUGUCGCCUGGCUCUAUUCAGAGUGCUACCUAUAUCGACGUGUUGCCACUCUCUUCGCCCUCUCGAAGCAUUGGAAGAAUUACGAUGUCUUCUCAAAGCAGAAGCUCUCCACUUUCCGCUCAUCUCGACCUGCCGUUCUGGAGCUCGCAGCACGGUACAAUGACCUCACAAAGCAGCUGCAAUCAAACAAGUCGGCGUUGAGCACCGCAUCCGACGAGGAGCGCGAACAAGCUGAAAAGCUGCUCUUCAUCGAAAUGUGCGAAAUCUGCUUGUGGGGAAAUGCCACAGACCUGUCCCUUCUCACCAACCUAUCCUAUGACGAUAUCCAGAAACUGCAGGGUUCCAAUGCUCGCAAAGCAAACGAAGACAAGAUCAUUGUCAACGACUUCGACAAAGCCUUUGCAAUCCUCAGCAAGGCAAAGAGUGCAGGCGCCAGAGAUCGCAGAAUCGACAUUGUGCUCGACAAUGCCGGUUUCGAGCUGUUCGUGGACCUCAUUCUCGCUGGCUAUUUGCUUCAAGCGGACUUGGCCACGAGUAUUGUCCUUCAUCCCAAGAACAUCCCAUGGUUUGUGUCUGAUGUGAUACCAAAGGACUUCGCCGAGAUGCUCAGCGUCCUCGUCGAUCCCAAGCGAUUCUACGAGACGCCCUCCGAGGAUGAUCAAGCACGAAACAUCACGCCUCAGCCACUCUCACAAACAGAAAGCGACGACUUGAAGACGCUCUUCGAGAAUUGGAGUUCACUGUAUGCAGAAGGCAAAAUCGUGCUUCGCCCGAACGUCGUCUGGACCGAAGCCGGCAGCUACUGGCGCUUACCCAAGACCGCGCCAAACCUGCACGAAGAUUUGCAGCAAAGCGAGCUCGUCAUUUUCAAGGGUGAUCUCAAUUACCGCAAGCUGACUGCCGAUGCCGCGUGGGAUCCCACAACACCUUUUGCAGAGGCCAUCGGGCCGAUGGGACCUGGCUCAGGUGUGAGGACCUUGGCGCUGCGGACUUGCAAAGCUGAUGUGGUUGUCGGCCUGCCGAAAGGCAGAGAUGAGGAGCUUCGCGCGAUGGAGGACGGAGGUGGGGACACUGGUGCGAGAAAGUGGGCUUGGAGUGGCAAGUGGGCGGUGGUGAGCUUUUGUGAUGGCAAGGCAUAA